CUCUUCCUCACAUCGCCUCCCUCGACGAUGGCCGCCGCCACCGCCGCCGCCGCCACGGCGUCGGCUUCGUGUCUUCUCCGGAGGUCUAUAUCCUCUGCAUUCCUCGCGAAGCGCGCGGUCCCUAGCAUUCCGCGUACAACUCUCUGCUAUUCCUCCUCCGCAUCCGCCAGACUCAAACCAACGCCGUCCCUGUCUCCGCCUGUCACGUCCGCCAACGAUGGAGGCGGCGGGAUGAGGUGGGAGUCAGCGCGCAAGAAGAGGGUGGUGCUCCGCAUCGGCUACGUCGGCACUGAUUACCGAGGGCUUCAAAAGCAGCAAGAGCUUGGCGUGGAUUCGACCAUUGAGUCAGUCCUGGAAUCUGCCAUCUUCAAGUCCGGGGGUAUUCUCGAGAGUAAUUAUGGAAAACUGCAAAAGAUUGGGUGGGAGAGGAGUAGCCGAACUGAUAAAGGGGUAGGCUUUAACCAUUUAACCACUCAGAUUUUAUGAAGAAUACAUUUUUCAGCUAACAAAGGCUUUUAUGCAUGCUUAGAAUGGACUAAUUGCAGGUACACUCAUUGGCUACAAUGAUUUCCCUUAAGAUGGAAAUCCCUGAUAGAGCAUGGGAGGAUGAUCCUGAUGGUAUUGCUCUUGCCAGCUUCAUUAACUCAAAUUUGCCGGACAAUGUGAGGGUUUUUAGUAUAUUGCCUGCACAAAGGAGUUUUGAUGUAAGGAGGGAGUGCUUAUAUCGUGAGUACUUCUAUCUUCUUCCUGCUGAAAUUAUUGGAAUUAAAGAUGACUAUAGCUCUGAAGAAAUGCAAGAGCACUUGUCAGAAUUCAACAAAAUACUGAAAGGUUUUGAGGGAAACCAUCCAUUCCAUAAUUACACUGCACGUGCCAAGUAUAGGAAGGUUCUCGCGGGAAGACACAGAAGGGCCAAAGGAGCAAGCUCGGCGUUGAAGUCCAUGUCCUCUGACACUGGCAUGGCAGAAAGCUCUUCUGAAGAAAGCACUUCUCCAGAUCACGAUGAGGACUUGAAUAUUUCAUCAAUCUUUGACUCUGGUAUACCAGAAGACACUCGUGUGAAUGGUAUUCUGAAGCUUUCUGAGGAUCGGCUGCAGAUUCAAGCUAGGUGGCUGCAUGAGCCUGACGAAAGCGAUAGAUUAAACGCUUCACAUUUCAGAGAUAUCAUUACCUGUUCCUGUGGAGACUUGCAAACUUCAUCAGGGAUUCAGUUCGUUGAGUUGACCAUAUGCGGGGUAUCUUUCAUGCUACAUCAGAUCCGGAAAAUGGUUGGAACCGCCGUGACGGUGAAGCGUGGACUACUACCAAGAGACAUCAUAGAGCUGUCCCUCGCGAAGUUCUCCAGAAUCGUUCUACCAAUAGCCCCUUCAGAGGUCCUGGUCCUCAAGGACAACAGUUUCUGCACGAAGAGCAAGGGAGGGAGGAUCGUUCGCCCCGGGAUCCAGUCCAUGAACAAGUCGGAAGCAACCAGGAAGGGGGUCGAGGAGUUCUACAGGGCAGCGCUCCUGCCAGAAGUAGCGAAGUUCCUGGACCCCUCUCUGCCGCCGUGGAAGGAGUGGCUGGAGAACCUGGACAGGUUCUCGGGCAUACCGGGUUCGCAGCUGGACGAAGUCAGGGAGGCGUAUCGAGCGUGGAGGGAUGAUUACGACCGAGCGAAGAUGGCUAGAAACUAGGAGUGCUGGCAGUGUCGCAAGGUGGAUGAACUACCUAGCAGUGAACAAUGAUGAUUUAUAUAUACUAGUUCGCUUG